CUUGUGAUUGGCUGAUAGGAGCAGACAGCAUGUGUGACUGCGCACCGGGUGUGUGGACGCCGCUUUGUUGCCUAGAGGGGGGUUACGAUAGAAGUUAAGGGGGUCAAGAGGCUAGCACUUAACACCUGCAGUCGCGGCCUUUGCAGGCACGUCGCCGGGUAGUUUUCAUCGUGGGAGUAGAGCCGACAGCAGCCAUGAGCGGCGGCGUGUACGGGGGAGAUGAAGUUGGAGCCCUUGUUUUUGACAUUGGAUCCUAUACUGUGAGAGCUGGUUAUGCUGGUGAGGACUGUCCCAAGGUAGAUUUCCCCACAGCUAUUGGUGUGGUGGUAGAAAGAGAUGAUGGCAGCACAUUGAUGGAAAUAGAUGGCGAUAAAGGCAAACAAGGUGGUCCCACCUAUUACAUAGAUACUAAUGCCCUGCGUGUUCCGAGGGAGAACAUGGAGGCCAUCUCACCACUCAAAAAUGGGAUGGUUGAAGACUGGGAGAGUUUCCAGGCCAUUUUGGAUCAUACCUACAAAAUGCAUGUCAAAUCAGAACCCAGCCUGCACCCUGUUCUCAUGUCAGAAGCACCGUGGAACACUAGAGCAAAGAGAGAGAAACUGACAGAGUUAAUGUUUGAACACUACAACAUCCCUGCAUUCUUCCUUUGCAAAACUGCGGUUUUGACAGCAUUUGCUAAUGGUCGCUCUACUGGGCUCAUCUUGGACAGUGGAGCCACUCAUACCACUGCAAUUCCAGUUCAUGAUGGCUACGUCCUUCAGCAAGGUAUUGUGAAAUCCCCUCUUGCUGGAGACUUUAUUACGAUGCAAUGCAGAGAACUCUUCCAAGAAAUGAAUAUAGAACUGAUUCCUCCCUAUAUGAUUGCAUCAAAAGAACCUGUGCGUGAAGGAUCUCCAGCAAACUGGAAAAGAAAAGAGAAGUUGCCACAGGUUACAAGGUCUUGGCACAAUUAUAUGUGUAACUGUGUGAUCCAGGAUUUUCAAGCUUCAGUACUUCAAGUAUCAGAUUCAACUUACGAUGAACAAGUAGCUGCACAGAUGCCAACUGUUCAUUAUGAAUUCCCCAAUGGCUACAACUGUGAUUUUGGAGCCGAACGGUUAAAGAUUCCUGAAGGAUUAUUUGACCCUUCCAAUGUGAAGGGAUUAUCAGGAAAUACAAUGCUGGGUGUCAGUCAUGUUGUCACUACAAGUGUCGGAAUGUGCGAUAUUGAUAUCAGACCAGGUCUCUAUGGCAGUGUGAUAGUGGCGGGAGGAAACACGCUAAUACAGAGCUUUACUGACAGGCUAAAUAGAGAGCUCUCUCAGAAAACUCCGCCAAGUAUGCGUUUGAAACUGAUUGCAAAUAACACAACAGUGGAACGGAGGUUUAGUUCAUGGAUUGGCGGCUCCAUUCUGGCUUCUUUGGGCACCUUUCAACAGAUGUGGAUUUCCAAACAAGAAUAUGAGGAAGGAGGGAAGCAGUGUGUAGAAAGGAAAUGCCCUUGAAGAGCUCCCACACUUCUCCCUUCCUGUGUCACCUUACGUUUCAUAGCUUUAGUAUACUCAGGAAAAGAAUUACCAUCUUUUGUAGACUUUAUACAUUUUUGCAUAUUUCAAUUUCCACAUAAAUAUUUUAAGGCUUUAACUGGCUCUAUAACUUAAAAUAAGUUGGUGCUCUCCUUGAAAAGCACUAUUCGUAUUUCAAGCAUUUUAUAAUUUUGUAUAAAUAUCUAUUUUCUCUAAAUAUUUUGCUUUCAUUCAGAUGCUUUCCAGCUCUUUAGUAUAAUAAUUACCAGUGGAUUGGUAGAAUUGCUUUUUAUUGAUGAGUAAAAUUUAUUGCCUAUGCUUUUUACCUUAGGCUUGCAAAAUUAAAUAAAAAUUACUAGCCAUUCCAUAAAUA